AUGGAGAACUAUAAUCAUGAACAGCACAAACCGCGGCGCAACCUCAUGCGAAGGAUUGAUCGUGCAUUCCGUGCGUACGCAUCCCUUCUUCAGGCUGCUCAGUCACUCACGCAUUGUAACCGCCCGUCUUCUGGCGAGUAUAAAAGCGUGGAGAACUUUGUGAACAACAGACACCCACUAGUACCAACAGAAGAGGAAUUCUGCUAUCGCAAAGAUGACCUCAUCACAUUGCGUCCAGGCCGCGAACAUGCGUGGCUAGACUGCUCUGUGGAGAAGUUUUUGCGGUUCUCGCGAUGCCGAACCAUUCAGAACUUCUUUCGCUCGAAAGAAACGAGGCAAAAAACCGACGGCAACGAGAUGUAUUACACUCACGACCGUAUUGAGCGUUUUGUCGUUGCCAUCAUUGUGACCGUGAUUCUUGCACUUCUGAUUAUCCCCAUAUAUCUCCUGUACCGCCUGACCAACGGUGUGGAGUCGCCGCAGUCAUAUACAGUCUGCAUUGGCAUUCUGCUCAUCUUCACGCUUUCGUUCUCGGCAUGCCUGUCGCUUUUCACAAGAGCUAAGAGGCAUGAGAUACUUGCUGCCGCCGCUGCAUAUUGCGCUGUUCUCGUGGUAUUCUUGACAAACGUGGGCGGUAACGGUAGCAGCCGGCGCGAUGUCAGCCUCUGA